AUAUAAGCGAAAGCAAUCGAUGAUGCAAGAACUCCAUGAAUGGGCAGAUGCGGGCUGCAGCCAUGAUGUCUCCGCAUCGUGAAAGCUCUGAAGGUGCCGAAUCAGCCUCAAUACACGUUUGCCAGGUUGUUCACCGGGCUUACACACUAGGCCUACUUCUUCAUCAACUUGGCUGGGGGCCAGAAGAUUCGUUAUCAAGUCUCUUUAAUACUCCCGGACUUCGAACAGAAUACUGGCCUGCUUAGGCGGCCGCCUGGUCUUAUGUCUGAACGUGACAUCGGCAUUGGAAAACCUCAAUUUGAUUAUUCUGCGACAAAAUCGCCUUUUGACAAAUACUUUACGAUCGCCGAG